CCGUUAGCAUCACAAAUAACUCUACAGAAGUUCGAGGUGGUGAAAUUAACCUGUUUGUCACCGACUGUCUGAUAAAGUCAGGUCCUGCGCCGACAUGGACGUGGUUCUGCCUGUGGAGGCGGACGGGUUCGUUCAGAGUCUGGAAACUUUCUCUCUGAAGGAAAUCGGCUCCGAGAGGUGGUUCAGACAACACGAGUACAUCGAGAAACUCAACAUGCAGGCGAUUCUAAAUGCUUCCUCCAUGCACGAUGAGUUCAUCAAGGAGUCCCUGGUGUCAUAUGGAAAGAUACCCGUCCUGGUCCACGAGAUGAUCCUCGUCGAGGUGUGGAAGCACAAAGUGUUUCCCAUCUUAUGCCGGCUGCAGGAUUUCAAUCCGAAGAACACGUUCCAUCUGUACAUGGUGAUCCGCCAUGAAGCCACAAUCAUCAACCUUCUGGAGACGAUAAUGUUUCACAAGGAUUCAUGUGAAGCAGCUGAUGAUUCUGUUGUGGACUUGGUGGACUACUGCCACCGUAAACUCACCCUGCUGGCCGGUGAGACGACCAGAGAAUGUGCCGUAACUCACGACCAAUACAACCACAUGACCUCUAUUGAGGAGUUGCGGAUGCAGAGUGCUGCUCUGGAGUUUGAAAUCUCUCUGAAAGCUUUAUCCGUGCUGCGCUACAUCACCGAUCACACCGACAGCAUCAGUAUCAUCAGUCGCAUGCUGUGCACACAUAACGUCCCCUGUGUGCUGGUUCAGCUGAUUGACUGCUGCCCUUGGAGUCGCUGCAGAGACGGUGAGCUACAGAAGUACGUAGAUGGCAAAUGGCAGAAGAUUCCUGCUGAGGAUCGUCUGAAGAUGACAAAACUGGACGGUCAGGUCUGGCUCUCCCUGUACAAUCUGCUACUGAAGGAGGACUGCCAAAGAAAAUAUGACUUCAACAGUUUCAACAAGAACCAGCUUCUGAAGCUCCGGGGCUUCUUGACAGAUGUGUUGAUUGAUCAGUUUCCAAACCUGGCGGAGCUGCAGCGCUUCCUGGCUCAUCUGGCGGUUUCAGACCCAGCGCCUCCAAAAAAAGAGCUCAUUCUGGAGCAGAUCCCAGAAAUGUGGAACCACAUUGUCAGAGAGAACUCUGGGAAGUGGAAGGCACUAGCUAAGUACCAAGUCAAAGAGACCUUCAGCCCAUCUGACAGCGUCCUGAGGCAACAGGCGCAGAGGCUGGCUCAGACGUACAACCUGGACGUGAUGGAGAGUUUAAUCCCUGACAAGCCAAAGUGUGGAUCCUGUGGGAAAGAGGCUACAAAGAGAUGCUCUCAGUGCCAGGGGGAGUGGUACUGUCACAGAGAAUGUCAGGUGAAGCACUGGCCCAAACACAAGCAAACCUGCAGGCUGCUCGCCACGGCCACCGAGAAGAUCCAGAAGGAUCUGCAGGUCAGCAGCUGAGAGGCUGUAUGGACUCCUGAAGAACAUACAUACAUUUAACACGUUUCUUUUCAUGAUGGAAAUAUUUAUGCACCACGACAGAGUUCAGUUAAAACGUGCUGUAAUAAAGUUUUAAACUGAUU